AUGAAAGUUAAUGAUAAUCAUAAUAUGAUUUCUAUUACUUUCACGCCUAUUAAUCAUGAUCAAUCUAAUAAUUUAAAAGGAUGCUUGGUUGGAUUAUAUUAUGAUAGAAUUCAAAUAGUUGACGAAACUAUUUCAAACUCACAUACAUUUGAAAUUUACAAAAACUUUGAAGAAAAUGAAAUUUGUCAUGCAAGAGUAUACUCUAUUUCCUCAAAUAUGAAUGAGGAAAAUGAUAAUCGUAAAAAAUUUAUUGAAAUAUUUGGGAAGAUUUUAAAAGUGCUUCAACAAAUUGCCCAAGAGUUGUUGUCUCUGAAUUUUGAAUUAUUGGAACCGAUAGUCUUAACAAGCAAACUUAUUCAUUAUUUACCGGAUGAAGAUUGUUAUCAAAUUCAACUUAUUUGUAAUAAUUAUACUUUAGUAGCUGUCAAAGUAAAAGUAAAGUUAGAAAUAAUAUUAUAA